CUCCAUCUGAGAUCAAGUACUGUCCUGCUCAAUGUCGACGCUGGUCUGCAUGCCUCCAGGCGAUUAGGGAAUACUCAGUACUAUGAUCCCCGUCUUCUCCAAAUCGAGCUUAUACAGGACCCCUAGCAAAGCCAAUAACUGCUCCACAUUCGCAGCGAUAUGCAACCAAGACGUGCUGGUCACGAGAAGUCCAAAAAUGGUUGCUUGACGUGCAGAAUUCGCCGGGUGAAGUGUGACGAGUCGAUCCCCUAUUGCCAGAGGUGCACCCAAACAGGCCGCAAGUGCGAAGGUCCGGUUGUUCGCGAAAUCCGGUUCGUUCAGAACAAGCCGGCCAGCCAGUCGAGCACUCCGAGUCCGCCGCGGGCGGUUUCUCUCCUCGCUCCGCAACACACUGUGGACGAACGUCGUGCAUGGCACUACUUCCUGUACGGCGCGGCGCCGGCAUUUGCGGGGACCGUCGAAGCGACCUUUUGGCAAGACCAAGUCCCUCGACUCGCUCACAUGUUUGACUUUGUCUGGGAUACGGUUGUAUGCCUCAGCUCCCUGUCCGAGCACGUUCCAUAUGUGCCACCUACCGCCGCGUCUGACCCAAGGGGUCUGACAAAACCCGCCAACCGAAAGCAUCGACAGGCACUGAGAUACUACCACAAAGCGAUUGUGAGCGUCCGACGGCUGGCCGAGCGAGGGCAAAUAGAUGACUCUAUCGUCGCCUUGAGCUACAUCCUAUUUGCCUCGGUGGAAUACCACCAUCGGAACGUCACCGUCGCGAAAGAUUUGAUGAAAAGGUGUUCCCGAAUUCUCACCGACAAUCUCAGGUCUCUUGACAGCCGACCGAGCUCGACCGCAGGCCAGGCCGUUCAUCAGAUGGUCGCAUCAUUCGUGUUGAAAAAGGUCAUCGUGGGCGCCACUAUAGGAAGCGGUCUUUCGUCCCGCCUGUCUGUCGAUGACGAGACUGGCGAUGUCUUCGGGACAGCACAGUCCAGGUCCCCUCUGCUCGAGGCUAGAGUCCAGUUUGAUCGUCUGAUGAACCAGUCUUACGAGGUGAUCAGACACGCGGAUUUUCUUCCUCACGUUGACGACGAGGAGCCGCUCAAGAUACAGUUCUUGUCGCGGCGACUGUCGUUGUUGGACGACUUGCUGCGAUGGAAAACCGCUUUCACGGCUAAUACAGGAAGCCAGACGCCGGAUCUGGAGAACGAUAUGAUGACAUCGUAUCUCUUAAUGUAUUGGGCAGUCUGCUACGUCUCUGUGGGAGCAUGCCUCAGCCCUCAUCAGACCGUAUACGACACCUGCAUGGACCACUUUGCGGACAUCGUCGAGCAAGCCACGUUCUGCCUCCGGCAGGCCGCCCAGUACCCAAAGGCUCAACGACUCCUAUCGACCUUUGACCCCGGCCUCAUCCCACCAUUGUACUUCUGCGCAACGAAAUGCCGGGACCCGACACUGAGACGAGCGGCGCUAUGUCUAAUGCGUCAGGCUCCAGAGGAAGACAACUCCUGGGUAUUUGUCGAGCCCGAUCGCGUGGUGGCCAAAGUCAUCUCGAUCGAGGAGGGCGAAUGUCAGCUCUCCUGCUCGACGGACUUGCCACAGUCUCACUAUGCUAGCCUCUUGCCGCCCGAAGAGCGUCGCUUUGCCUAUGUCAGCGUUGUGGGCCGCGAAACGCCGACCGGGAAACGGCGCCAGGCUCUCGAGCUGAGCAGGUUUGAAUACGCGGUUGAUGGCUCGAGAAGGCUGGUCCACGAAUACGCCUGGCUGGACGAUGUGCAGGAGGGUUGAUUCGAUGCGGAGCGUGAGGGACCACCCCCACACUGGCACAUGAGGUCUGAAGGCCUUCGUCAGGCGCCCUCGAUGGGAUUACGAUAUGUUGUCCCUUGACCCAAUAUCAGCGAGGGCCUGAGAUUUAUCUCAGCCACAUUUGACACAACUGAACAAGCCACCACAUCAGCUCCGUCGAGUCUAUAAGCAAC